CUCAGCGCAGCCACCAUUCGAUCGGAAGACCCACUUUUACUUUCGGGAACUUCUUCCCGCGCAUGAAGCGCAUGAAGCACAUGAAGACCGAACACUGGCACCACACCGCCAGGGGCAUGCGUCUUCAGCUACCUUAUCAUAUCGUCACCGGUAUGAAGUCGGAGAUGCACGAGGUCUGCACCGCACUCCUGCCUUACCGGUUACGCCCGAAAACCGCCACUUCCCCCUCUCUUGCCGUGUACCUGCCGCCUCGAAUAUGCCGGGCCAGGUUGUUCUCCCACAACACUCUGUGGCAAUCAACACGGCUUCUAGCACCGCCAAAUGGCGCCACUUCCACAAGGGACAGCUUGCUAUGCGACGGCAACCUCUUCACCGACAUUGAGCAACUCAAGGGAGAGCGAGAAAUCCGUCCAAAGAGCUGUUGCUCAAAUUUUCACAGCCCGAGAAGCGCUGCCGCUGGUGCUCACGGCGCACUGCCCGACGAUCAGCAAUCAUAUAUACAUGGCUUUCUUCGCCUGACAUAAUCAUCGACACGAAACCCCUCCACCAAAACGCCUCGCCCGGCCCGAUCCUUCUUCUACCGGAAUCCUAUCGCUAAAAUGCAGUCAUCGGAGUGUUGAUGGUAUACA